AUGUUAAACAAGCCCGAAAUCCGCGCUGUUAUCGAAAGCCGUCGGAGCACCAGCCUGGACCCCCCUGAGCCGCCUUCCCCGCAUUCCUCCCCCCAAUAUCACCAAUAUUCGCUGUCGCCUCCACAGCACCAACGUUCUUCGCCUCUGCAGUACCACUGUCCCCCCUCGCCUUGUGCAUCGCCGGGUAUCUCCGAUGCCGACACAGUAUACAAUGCCCUAAAAGACGCGUACUCCCUUGGCUAUGCAGAGGGCCGUAUAGAGGGCCGAAACGACGCACUUCGGCUGGGACGUAGCCUGAGACAAAUCGGGACCAUCACUCCAUUUGUUGAAGCCUGCCUCAGUAAGGAGACGGAUGAUGCCGCACCUCACGGCGGCGAUGCUACACUCGUGGAGCCCGAGCCUGAGAGCCCGCCGCGUUACAGGGACAUACCGAACACGAACACAAGCCGCCACCUUACGCCCAAGACGCGUAAACGCAUCGCGUUAGAGCUGCCACCCUCUCCUCUCCUUCGAAAGAAGGUCAAGAGUUACAGGAGCACGCUGGAGCUGGGGCUGAAGCUGUAG